CAGAUCUGAAUUUCAUGUCCUCCUCAGUGGGGCGUGCCUCUGUACAGCUGCUGAAGUUCUGCCGGACGAUGUGAGUCGUACAAAAGCCUGAACGAGGUCAUUACCGAGCAGUCACUGUUCGAUCUUUCUGAGAGCAGGAUGCGAGCCGUGUACAGCUGCCUUCUAUUGGUGAUUUACAACAGCCAUCUGACGUUUCUAGUUUCAUCCAAAACCUGUGGAGAAGGACACGUGAAAGCAACAAAUGGCACGUGUAUUGAUGAGGAUGAAUGUAUGGGACCUUCUGCACAAACACUGUGUGGCAACAACGUUGAUUGUCACAACACAGUGGGAAGCUACUACUGUACCUGUAAGGCAGGAUAUUUCCAGCCGAGCAAACAACGUAACUUCACAGAAAAAGGAGGCUGCGAAGAUGAGGAUGAAUGUAAUGGAACUUUUACACAAACACCGUGUGACGCCAACACUGAUUGUCACAACACAGUGGGAAGCUACUACUGUACCUGUAAGGCAGGAUAUUGCCAUCCGGAUAAACUAAGUAACUUCACAGAUGGCAGAGGCUGUGAAGAUGAGGAUGAAUGUAAUGGAACUUUUACACAAACACCGUGUGACGCCAACACUGAUUGUCACAACACAGUGGGAAGCUACUACUGUACCUGUAAGGCAGGAUAUUCCCAUCCGGAUAAACUAAGUAACUUCACAGACGGCAGAGGCUGCGAAGAUGAGGAUGAAUGUAUGGGACCUUCUGCACAAGCACUGUGUGGCAACAACGUUGAUUGUCACAACACAGUGGGAAGCUACUACUGUACCUGUAAGGCAGGAUAUUUCCACCCGAGCAAACAACGUAACUUCACAGACAGCAGAUGCUGCGAAGAUGAGGAUGAAUGUAAUGGAACUUUUACACAAACACCGUGUGACGCCAACACUGAUUGUCACAACACAGUGGGAAGCUACUACUGUACCUGUAAGGCAGGAUAUUGCCAUCCGGAUAAACUAAGUAACUUCACAGACGGCAGAGGCUGCGAAGAUGAUGAUGAAUGUAUGGGACCUUCUGCACAAGCACUGUGUGGCAACAACACUGAUUGUCACAACACAGUGGGAAGCUACUACUGUACCUGUAAGGCAGGAUAUUUCCACCCGAGCAAACAACGUAACUUCACAGACAGCAGACGCUGCGAAGAUGAGGAUGAAUGUAUGGGACCUUCUGCACAAACACCGUGUGGCAACAACAAUGAUUGUCACAACACAGUGGGAAGCUACUACUGUACCUGUAAGGCAGGAUAUUUCCACCCGAGCAAACAACGUAACUUCACAGACAGCAGACGCUGCGAAGAUGAGGAUGAAUGUAUGGGACCUUCUGCACAAACACCGUGUGGCAACAACAAUGAUUGUCACAACACAGUGGGAAGCUACUACUGUACCUGUAAGGCAGGAUAUUUCCACCCGAGCAAACAACGUAACUUCACAGACAGCAGACGCUGCGAAGAUGAGGAUGAAUGUAUGGGACCUUCUGCACAAACACUGUGUGGCAACAACGCUGAUUGUCACAACACAGUGGGAAGCUACUACUGUAUCUGUAAGGCAGGAUAUUUCCACCCGAGCAAACAACGUAACUUCACAGACAGCAGACGCUGCGAAGAUUUGAUAAAUCUUCGCCCGAACAGUUCAUCUUUUGCGGAUAUUGAUUCAUUUGCUGAGGUUUCCACCACGAGUUUGUUAAAGUUUCGCAAGAGAAAUUCUACAGAAUUCUUCAAGUUGGUUUCCAAUUUCAUGGAAGUCAUGGAAAAUUAUGCAAUUGCUGCUGCCCGGAAAUUACAUCACCAACAAAAGGCAGAGUUCUCUUCCAAUAACUUGGGUAAUGUAACAAUCUUAUUAUGCUAG